AUCUUACCAGUGCCAAUCGACCGUGAUAUAAAAGUACGAUGCAUUGGGCAAAAAGAAUGAAUUCAAUUUAAAAACAUGCAGGCCCCUACAAAAAACAGGCGUGCAGUUAGUAUCUUUGUAUCGCGAAGGGAUUUACAUGUUUAUCCCGUGGAGAGGAAAGUCGUAUGACAAACCGUGGCCACCCGUCUUGUUACCAGUCUAUGUCGGGUAUGGGAUUGUUAGCCAGUAUUUGUUGUUUUCGGGUGCAUUGAAGUGAUGGUGGAGGAAGCCUUAACUCACCAGCAGCUACUUGAACCAUCCUGCGGCGGCGAGAAGUCUGCUACACGAAAGCGUAUGUGUAACACUGCACUGCCAAGCUUGUACAUGGAAAAAAAUUCUGAGGUCAAGGGUCGGAGUAUUCACAUUUCAUGUAUUUUCUUUGAUUCUGAUACUGUUGUUCGCGGUUUUCUGCUCAAUUUGUGACAGCAGAAAGUGGCUUGUUUCAAGUUUUCCACAUUCUAAUGUUUCUCCUGGUGCUGUAGUAGAUAAGACAAUAGCUUCUUGUUGUUGUACUCCGGAAAUCUAUCAGUAGAAAACUUUCUAUUCCACCAUGGCAAUGGACGCCGGCAAUAUACCUGGACUUAUUGAUGCACGGUCAAGCGAUUUACUCACACAAACCCAGCCGGGAACGUCUGAAGAUUUAUUGAGAAAUGUAUCUGGCGUAUCAUCAUUAGAAUCUGGAAGUAGUGCAGCUGCAUCACAACCAAAUUUACUGUCAGAUAGUUGUAUUACCCAGGAAAAACUUCUAACAUUUUGGCAAACUCAGAUGGAUGAAAUUCAAAUUAUAUCAAAUGAACAAUUCAAAACCCAAGAACUUCCACUAGCAAGGAUUAAGAAAAUAAUGAAAAUGGAUGAAGAUGUUAAAAUGAUUUCUGCAGAAGCUCCUUUACUAUUUUCUAAAGCUGCUCAAAUAUUUAUCACCGAAUUAAGUUUACGAGCUUGGAUUCAUACAGAAGAAAGCAAAAGGAGAACAUUACAGAGGAAUGAUAUUGCUACUGCUAUCACGAAAUUUGAUCAAUUCGAUUUUUUAAUCGAUAUCGUACCCAGAGAGGAACUCAAAACUCCACCAAAAAGAAACAGCUUUGGUAUUAUUGGUGGGUCAGGAGAUGCUCCACAAUUUUUCUAUUCAUCCCCACAAGUUGGCAACAACACAACAACCACAGUAAACAAUAAUUCUUCAGAUACAAAUACACAAUCUGCAACAGCCUCUGCAUUGCAAACAGGGCAAUUAUUACUGGCCCAGCAAAACCAGAAUGGUCAACCAAUGACGCUAACGCCAGUCAAUAUGGACGGUAGUCAAGUAUUACAACUUUCUCAACCUGCACAGUCUGGGCAGCAGAAUCAGCAAAUUCCCGGAUUAUUGAUGAAUCAGUCGUCUAUCAACAACAACAAUCAAAAUCAACAAUCACAACUUGACAAGCAGUCACAAGAACAGAUAUCUGAUCAAAGUUUGCUUAACAUGCAGCAAAAGCCACCUCAGACCGCACAACAGAUUCUUCAGCAACUUGUCAGCAAUUUGCCCGGGACGGCUGGUGGAGUACAUACUAUUCAAUUAAACUCACAAGGACAACUUCAGCUUGUCAAGGUACCAGAAAAAUCACAGGCACAAGGCUCAUCCAAUGCAGAAGGCACAACUGAGAUUGCCUCAGUAGAGGGUGGUCAAGUAUUUAAUCUUCCUGCGAAUAUAAGCACAGGCAAUGACCAACAAAGUCAGGAAGUCAAUGCAUUGUAUGUCAAUUCUGAAACUUGAUGAUUUAUCUGGCUGUCACAUGCUUCAAUGCAAAUUAUAUGAAUAUGAUCUUUGACAGAUUGAAGUAAUGUUUCAGAUGAAUAUAUAGCUGUGUCAUAUUGAAUACUCACCCUGCACAAUGAGAUAGAGCCGAAGAAAAAAUGGUGAUUUGGUUCUCAGUACCGACAAGUAAACGAGCCGAAUUCAGUUAAAAAAGUACCAUCCCAUGGAAUUGAUUAAAAAAUAACAAGUAAAAUGAAGUGAAUAAAAAUGUUCAUGAGUAAUGAGUAAUAGUUAGUUUUGCUGCCUGCUUUAUAAGGUUGCCUUCCAUUUGUCGAAUUAUUUUUUCAUCUUAUGAACCCGCCAAUGUCUUACUGUGUAUAACAAUCACUGGACUAAAUUCAGUGAAGCUGCAAUGGAGUAUUGCUCUCUUAUGAGUUGGUUGGACACAAGUUUCGCAAAGCAAUGAAUAAAUCCAUGCUAACUAGUUUAAAUUUUGUGGUUAGUGGUGUGUGAAAAGAUUUCUGUCCUCUUUUGUAGUGGAAAUUCCUUAGCAUUUUAGUGUAGGCUAACAAUCACUGCUUAUUGAUGUAAAUGGUCAGCUUUAUUACUUUCCAUAUUGAAUUGAGAAUGUUGCGCUUUGAAUUUUAUUGCAAUAGUUUCAAACUUUUGUACUUGUUUUUAUUUUUUGUGAAUAAAAAAAGUCUGUGAAAGUUGUA